CUCGGGCCCGCCGGCUCCGGCCAUUUGUUUCCGCCAGGAAAUGCGAUCGCGGCCGGUUGGGAGCCGGUUUGCGGCGGGCGCAGGGGAUGGGACCGGCGCCUCUCGCCCGGCUCCUUCUCCCCUGGUACCCGUCCUGUGAAACUUAGCGCGGCGGGUCCCACUGGUGCAGAGCAGCCGGGGCCCGUGCAGCCCGCUCAGGCACCUCAUUGCUGCAGGGGGGGGGGGGACACCUCCCCGCCCUCCUUGCAAGCGAGGGGUGCUGGGGAACCCCCCCGAGAAGCCGCAAGCGAGGGGUCGGCUGCCCCCAGCCCGGCCCAGCCCUGGAGGCAGCAGCAGCAAGCCCCAAGUGGGGGAGCCCCCCCUCCCCAGCGCGCACACACUCCUCCCGCCCGCUUCCCAGUGGCUGCAGCGGCUGCCCAGGAGCCGGCGCGCCUCCCCCCGCUCCCUCCCGCGGCCCGCCCCCAGGCCGGGCGCAGGUGGGAGGCAGGUGCGGGGCUGGGGCUCGGGCCGGCGAGCGGCCGCACGGAGGCAGAGGCUGCGGCCGCAGCAGCGCGCGGCUCGGGGCAUGAACGGCUACGGCUCGCCCUACCUGUACAUGGGCGGCCCCGUGUCGCAGCCGCCGCGGGCGCCCCUGCAGCGCACGCCCAAGUGCGCGCGGUGCCGCAACCACGGCGUGCUCAGCUGGCUCAAGGGCCACAAGCGCUACUGCCGCUUCAAGGACUGCACCUGCGAGAAGUGCAUCCUCAUCAUCGAGCGGCAGCGGGUCAUGGCGGCGCAGGUGGCGCUGCGGCGGCAGCAGGCCAACGAGAGCCUCGAGAGCCUCAUCCCCGACUCCCUGCGAGCCCUGCCCGGCGCCCCGCCGCCGCCGCCGCCCGCCAGCCCGCAGCGCCCCCCGGCCGAGCUGGCCGCCGCCGCCGCCCUGCGCUGGGCGCCCGACCCGCCCGCCGGCCUUCAGCCGCCGCCCAAAGCAGAUGUGGGUGAGGAACGCUUGGGGGACACGAGCGGAACAGACAAUGCUGAGACCUACAGUGACAAAGACACGGACCAAAGGAGUUCCCCAGAUGCGACAAAAGUCAAAAGCUGCUUCACUCCCGAGAGCCCUGAAACAGUGUCAGUAGACGAAGGAGGUUAUGCAGUACAGAAAACCGGUGGCAGCACAGAGAGCAGGCCAGACAGUCCCAAAUAUCAUGCAGAACAGAAUCAUCUCCUGAUAGAAGGUCCAUCGGGGACAGUUUCUCUGCCUUUCAGUUUGAAGGCCAACAGACCUCCACUUGAAGUGUUAAAAAAAAUCUUCCCCAACCAAAAGCCGACUGUGCUUGAAUUAAUCUUGAAGGGCUGUGGGGGCGAUCUGGUGAGUGCUGUUGAAGUCCUUUUGUCCAGCCGAUCGUCAGUAGCCAGUGGGGACAGAACUUCUGCGGAAUCUGACGGUCUUGUUUUGCCUUCCAAUGGGCACAUUUUUGAACACACACUGAGUUCAUAUCCUAUUUCCUCUUCCAAGUGGUCUGUAGGAUCAGCCUUUAGAGUUCCAGACACACUGAGAUUUUCCACCGAUUCUAGUAAUGUUGUGCCAAAUCCUUUGGCUGUACCUUUACAGCACCCUUUCCCACAACCACCCCGAUACCCACUGAUGUUGAGGAAUACUUUGGCAAGAAACCAGUCCAGUCCUUUUCUACCUAAUGAUGUCACUUUGUGGAACACCAUGACGCUGCAGCAGCAGUACCAGCUGAGGUCCCAGUACGUCAGCCCUUUCUCUAGUAAUUCUACCAGUGUCUUCCGAAGUUCGCCUGUCCUUCCUUCACGCUCGUCAGAAGAUCCUAGGAUUUCAAUCCCUGAUGAUGGAUGUCCAAUUGUGUCUAAACAGCCUAUUUAUACAGAAGAUGACUAUGAUGAAAGAUCUGAUUCUUCAGACUCUAGAAUACUCAAUACAUCGUCUUAGAAUGACAGUUGAUAUGUGAUAACUAAAUGAUAUUUGCAAAGCAGCUGAACUACUGGGCAUCAAGAAGAGGGAGGCAUUCCCUAUGAACCUCUUGCAAUUAAAUAAAAAAAUGACUUUGCUUGGUGUACUGUACUUUAGCAAUAAAGACAUAACUUAUUUAAUUUCUUGCACUUCACUGGAUAAUGCCAAAUAGCUAUACUUUAGUGCUGAAUGUUCAUUACAAAAGAAGACUCUUACGCUAAGAAUAGUUGUGGGACUAUGGAACAUUUAUAAUGGAAUCUAAAACUGAUGGUCUGCCUUGCUCCUUAACUCAGACAACCGGGAAUGUUAAAAUAGAAUACUUGAAUGCUGUUUUAUAAGAGAGGAUUCCUCAGGACACAAGAAAUCAAACAAAAGUAGUUCAGUUGCAAAUGGACUAAAACAGGGACCUUAUACUCCUAUGACAAUAAUCAUCCAUGCAUUAAAAAAGACUUACUGCACAUGAGAUUAGUGUGAACUGCUUCUGUGCUGUUUAAGCUUGGACACUUUUUAGAGACAAAUAAUAUUAAGAAUUAUUCUUUUCACAUGGAUAGGUCAAAACGUGUAAUGUCAGUGUAAAACCAAUUACAGCUGUGAAUUGCAUGAAAUGUAUUGUGAAAUGAACACAAGAUUAAACAUUGUCAGGUUAAUGUAGCAUGCUAAGGACUCUAGAAAAAUAAACUAAGAAGAUUA